AUGGCGACCAAGCAUCUGGCACUUGCCAUCCUCGUUCUCCUUAGCAUAGGCAUGGCCACCGCUGCUGGAAGCCGCAAACUGGGUUACGGCCCCGGGGGAGCAGGUGGAGCAGGUGGCGGUGGUGGUGGUAGGCGGUGGGUGGGGAGGCUAUGGGUCCGGAUCAGGGGGUGGUGGCGAAGUGGUGGUGGUGCUGGUGGGUAUGGGAGUGGUGGUGGAGGUGGUGGUGGCCAAGGUGGUGGUUCGGGCAUGGCCAUGGGGCAGUGCUACGGAGCUGGCAGUGGUGGUGCUGGUGGGUAUGGGAGCGGUGGUGGUGGUGGACAAGGUGGCGGUGGUGGCAGUGGCCAAGGUGGAUCUGGCUACGGCUCUGGCUCGGGGUAUGGGUCAGGUGAAGGAUAUGGAGCAGGUGGUGCUCAUGGAGGAGGCUAUGGAAGCGGUGGCGGCGGUGGAGGUGGCGGUGGCGGUGGCGGUGGUCAAGGUGGUGGCUCUGGCUAUGGAUCUGGAUCCGGCUCUGGCUCUGGUUAUGGAGGUGGCAACGGCAACGGGCACUAUUAG